UUCUUUUUCUUCUUCUUCUUUCUUCUUUUGAAAGUUAUUUAAACAACAAAGACUUUCAAUAUUAAAAAAAAAAAGAGAAAAAAAAAAAUAAAGUCAUAGAAAAUGCUAAAUUCAAAGCCCUAUACGAAAAAGAAACCGAGUGACAAGAACAAUAGUAACCCACUUGGUAGCGCGUCCUAUGGUUUACCAGCACCAACAGAGGAAAACAUCAUGAUUCGUCAAACACAGAUUGAUGAAAUGAAGUUAUUCUUUGCAACUGCACCUCAUCAAUGGGAAACCAACAAAUUCAUCAAACGAUUCCAUUUACCAAACGGUGAAUCUAUUAGCUGUGUUCUGUGGGAUAAUGUAUUCUUCAUUUCAGGCACAGAUAUCGUACGUUCGUUGACUUUUCGCUUUCAUGCCUUUGGAAGACCAGUGAUCAAUCCAAAAAAGUUCGAAGAAGGCAUCUUUUCCGAUUUACGCAAUCUAAAGCCUGGUCACGAUGCAAGAUUAGAAGAUCCCAAGUCAGAACUAUUGGAUAUUCUCUACAAGAACAACUGUAUCCGUACUCAAAAGAAACAAAAGGUAUUCUACUGGUUCUCUGUACCUCAUGAUCGUCUCUUCUUGGAUGCUCUCGAGCGUGAUCUAAAGCGUGAAAAGAUGGGUUUGGAGAGCACGACUCGUGCGAUCGCUGAACCCGCUGCUUCCCUUUCGUUGGAUUCAACCCAAGAAUUAUUUGAUGAAUUAAGGAAAAGCAUGUCACUUGUCAAAACUCCUUUGACCAACAGUUUAUCCAUGAAUCAAGUUACGCCAAAGAAUGAUGAUCCGUGGCCCACAAGACUCACUGUCAAAAGAUCUCGUGUAAACUCAGUACCUGCCAGUCUUGGCCAACAGCAAAAGCAUCAACUUGCAGCUCAUAGGGAAUAUCGCUUAAAAUCAACCGAAAAAGAUUAUUUGGAACCCAUCUCAUCAGCUGUUAAUCAAUUGGAUAUUAACCGGUCAUCCAGAUCUCUUGAUUUAAAAAAGCAAAAGGCAAUCUUUGGUAGCCUUAGCUUAUUUGAUGGAUCGCCCGCCUACAAACAGCGUAGACGACGCACCGUCUCCUCUACUCAGUCUUCACCCUCUUUGCACUCAGCAGGUGGCCCUGACCGUGUUCGUCGACAUGACAAGUGUCAUCAUCCUACCCCUGCACCCUCAUCCAUUAAUUUCUCUCGUGUCCCUUCUUUUGGUAACCCGCCUCCUCGUAAAUCGACCAACAGUGGUCAGAGUAGACUAGCUAUGGCUGCCUAUAAGGCUGGUUUGACUCAAACGUUGCCUUCAGCUACAUUGCAUGAAUAUCAUCAUCAGCAGCAGCAUCAAAUGGACUGGAGAAGCAGCAGUAGCACGAGUAGUACAGCCACGACAGCUACUGCAAGCGUUGAUUUUUAUCCAAGCCCCUGCCAACAGCACUUGGAGCCUGUACACAUGUUCACUUGCCACCUUUGUGGUAAGUGUUUUGCUCAAUCUGAAAAUCUCGAAGAACAUCAUCGCUUGGAGCAUUCAACCGAUAUGAACACUUCUAUUACGGCAAUGAUUGAUGAUAAAGACGACGAUGACGAUGACUCGCAUAUAAAGGAUAGCAGUCAUUACUCUUCUUUUAUCAUUCAUCAGGACUAUCCUCACACCAGUAACAGUACGACGAGCACUCAAGAUUCCUUCUUUCACUCUCCUCCGGGCAAGAGUAACCUGACUGGUGCUACAACCACUACGACCACUACCAUGACAACCACUACUACGACGAUGACUACUACAACAAGGAGAGCCAUAAAAACCGGUCAUGUUCAUGACACUGGAACCUCUCCUGAACCAGUUACGUCUUGGCCGACCUUGACACUGGAUGAGAAACCAUUUAUCGACAUUGAUUUUCAAAUGCAGGAUGUUACGAAUAGGGAUGACUGCUUAUUCUCAGUUUACAACAACAACAACAAUCAUAAACAUGACUGCAUGUAUAAUCCAAUUAUAUCAUCUACAUCAUCCAUCAAUUCAUUAACUCACGAAGAAAAUGAUGCAUCCUCAUCUUUAGCUUCCUCGCCUACAGAUCCAUUUCAUUCGAUGACAUUAUUUUCACCCUUCAAGCCUAUAUUCCAAGAGCAAGAAGAACAGCAACAACAACAAUUUAGCUUUGACGAUUACUAUUACUAUGCACCUUACACCAUGGAUGCAUACUAUCAUCACCAUCUUUACACUCCUUUAAAUGAUAUGAACUUUGUUUUUAGUGCUUAACUUUCCUUCCCUUUUUUAUAUUUAUUAGUUUUUUAUAUGCAUUUCUC